GGAAAAAUGGUGUUUCCAUGGGUUGUGAGUGAUUCAGAACUAGGAGAUCUUCACAAACAUUGCUACAGAUGCUUUAACACCAACAAGUGUAAAGGAGAUCUAGACGCCUGUAAAAUUAUCUCCUGCAGGAACAAUUGCCCAGCUCGCUUUCAUCUUUGCAAGGAAACUGAACAUUUACUGCUCUGUUAUAAGGAGUAUAUUCCCUGUCCUAACACUCAAUAUGGUUGCUCAGCAUCUUUACAACGUCAGAAUGUAAGGUUUGAAACUUAG